AUAUCAAAUAAAUAUUUAGUAAAUGUAUAUUGCCUUCUCUUGCUCGUCGAAAGUCGUUAGGACAGAGAUCACUUAUCACCGUAAUCACGAAAUGCUGAGACGUUUGCUUCUACAAUCUGCCACUUGUUAUCGUCGGCUACCCAAUGCCUGCUACUUUGCUCCACAACUCUCCGCACCAGUAUCACCACCUCCAGCUCCUUCGCCUUCUAUAACACGUUCCUUUUCCUCUUCUUCGUCGUCACAAAUCCCAAACAGUUCUUUAGUCGAACACGUAGAGGACGAUGCAAACCAGACCACUUCUCCACCCAGCGCCGCAAUCUCCGUCGACCGCUCUGGACUCUACAAUCCACCCGAGCAUUCUCAUGCGCCUUCUUCGGACUCCGAGCUCAUCAAGCACCUCAAAAGCAUCAUCAAGUUCCGUGGUGGGCCAAUCUCAGUUGCUGAGUAUAUGGAGGAAGUUUUGACAAAUCCUAAAGCUGGGUUCUACAUUAAUCGGGAUGUGUUUGGAGCAGAGGGUGAUUUUAUAACCUCUCCUGAAGUAAGCCAGAUGUAUGGGGAGAUGGUUGGUGUUUGGGCCAUGUGUCUGUGGGAGCAAAUGGGACAACCAAAUAAGGUGAACCUUGUCGAGCUGGGUCCAGGACGAGGAACUCUCAUGGCAGAUCUUCUUCGUGGGGCUUCUAAGUUUAAGAACUUCACCGAGUCAUUGCACAUUCAUAUGGUAGAAUGUAGCCCAACACUACAGAAGCUUCAGCACAGCAACUUGAAAUGCAAGUAUGAAGAUAAUAUGGAUGACAAGAUGAACAAAAGGGCUGUCAGCACAUUGGCUGGAACUCCUGUGACAUGGCAUGCUGCAUUGGAGCAGAUUCCUUCAGGAUUGCCUACAAUCGUCAUUGCCCAUGAGUUUUAUGAUGCUUUACCAGUUCAUCAAUUUCAGAGGGUUUCUCAUGGCUGGUGUGAGAAGAUGGUUGAUUUGGCAGAGGAUUCAUCGUUUCGUUUUGUUCUAUCUCCACAGCCUACGCCUGCAAAACUCUAUCUAAUGGAGCGCUCUAAAUGGGCUGCGACUGAAGAGAUAGCAAAGCUUGAUCACAUUGAGGUUUGCCCCAAGGCAACGGAGUUGACUCAAACUAUUGCUAAGAGAAUAGGUUCUGAUGGAGGAGGGGCUCUUAUAAUUGAUUAUGGAAUGGAUGCAGUAGUCUCAGAUAGUCUGCAGGCGAUUAGACAACAUAAAUUUGUCAACAUUCUGGAUGAUCCUGGAUCCGCUGAUCUCAGUGCAUAUGUUGACUUUGCUUCCAUCCGGCACUCUGCUGAGGAAGCUUCAGGCGAUGUGUCUAUCCAUGGCCCAAUUACUCAGUCUCAGUUUCUUGGUUCUCUUGGGAUAAAUUUCCGAGUGGAAGCUCUUCUUCAGAACUGCACAGACGAACAAGCCGAGUCCCUCAGAACGGGAUACUGGCGUCUGGUAGGCGAAGGUGAAGCCCCCUUCUGGGAGGGACCUGAUGAACAGGUGCCUAUUGGAAUGGGUACCCGGUAUUUGGCAAUGGCUAUUGUGAACAAAAGGCAGGGUGUUCCGGUUCCAUUUAAGUAAGGGUCUGGUAUAACGUGGCAUUUGACCAUUUGUUGUCUUCUAUGUACGUUAGAAAUUUAUGAACUUCCUUCAGUUUUACCUGUUGGUUGUUAGACAUAAAGGUUAACAGAAAAAACCACCAUCUUCAAAUUUU